AUGUUUUUAGCACCUUACAUUGCCAUGUUUGUCAUGGCGACCAUCUUUUCUUUCUUAAUGGCCCCUCACGUUGAAUAUGAUUAUCCAUCCCUCAAAUAUAUUGCAGGAAGUUAUCCCUAUACUCUUGUCCGGAACCUCUUUGAAACGCAAUUGCCAUCUCCUUCACAGACUUAUCAACAGACCAACCGCAAGAAUGUCAUCAAAAGCAAUGUGCCUACAAAGUCUGACCCUGUUUUCGGUGAUCAAGAGCCUGGUUGGAAGCCUGCAAAGUCAUCUCAAGGUGAUGAUGGCAAUUUUUACUACUCAGAUGAAUACACAGAUGGUAUGGCCGCCCAACCAUUCCCAUUUGUUCUUGAAUACUUACUAUUUCUGCUUUACUCUCUCCGGAUUUUAGCAAUUAAUGCUUGGGCAGACUCCAAUAACUUUCACCGACCCGAGGCAACUUUUGAAUAUGGAACAGGGAAAGACGAUGGACUGAUGGUUGAAGCAGAAGAUAAGAAGUCUGAGAGCCUCCGAAGAAUCUGUGAGGUCUUGUUGCUUUCUGGUAUUGAAUACGGGGCUUGCCAAUCCUUGAAUCAACCUAUUGCUGUGGAUCAAGUUACCGCCUUCUCCCUUUGGUCAAAAGUAGACGAGUACGGCAUCAGAUGGAAAGAAGUGAGACACGGUGCUGAUAAAGGUUGCCUCUACUUUAUUAAGGCUGAUUCCAUUCCCCUCAAGAUGUCUGCAAUGCCAAACGAAGAUGGUACCACGAAGCUUAGUUAUUAUACCAAGAACACAAUUGGCAAAUAUUGCCCAGAAAAUAAUAAUCCUGAAGAGGUCGAACUGUUUUACAAAAAUCUUAUCGAUGAGAUUCAACCAGCCAAGCUUACAGUUUUCCUCAAUACCAAGGUCUACGGUGAAUUCACAGUCUAUGAUUUCUUUGAGUUCCAAAUGCUGAUGGAUGCUUGUCUCAUUGCGCUUUACAAAAGCUUAUCGCAGGGUGGCCCACCUACCCGUCAAGCCCUUAUUGGUUUUUUCACCUUGUACGGCAUUGCUUACGGUCUUUAUUACGUCUUUGUUAAAUAG